UAGACCUUUCCGGAAGGACCGGCUCGGCGUCCGGGUCCAGGCCCGUGUUCCAGGCCCAGGCCCGUCCUCCAGGCCCUCGCCCCAAGACAGGUCCGUAGACGCGGCGACUCUCCAGGGACAGCGGAAGGUGCAGCCGGCCGCUCACUGAGGAGGCCGGCCUCGCCGCCGAGCGAGCCGCAGUACGUGGCGGCGCCUCCCCUUGGCCCGGGGGGAACUGCUGAAGGAGCGGCAACGCAGGCCUGAUCAGGUGAACCGGGUCACAUAACUGCCUUCAGGUGAUGACUCAUCCGCAUAAUAAUCAGAUUUGAGGCCCAGAGCUCGUUGUGGCCCUGCUACAGAACAGUUUUCAGUGGAUGACUGGUGUGUUUUGCGGGGUGCUACGGUGACUGCUUGCCCUUGAUAAAGAAAGCAAGCUCUCCUGCUCUUUGCACAUCCUCUUUUCCCUUAAAGCUUUCAGGUUAUAAUCUCUUUCCCUGGCGUACGUCCUUGUGCAAGAGGAAGGCUUUCACAUGAAAGUGUCUCUUGGUAACGGCGAAAUGGGCGUCUCUGCCCAUUUACAGCCUUGCAAGGCAGGAACCACACGUUUCUUUACCAGCAAUACUCACAGUUCUGUGGUACUGCAAGGCUUUGAUCAGCUCAGAAUAGAAGGAUUGCUUUGUGACGUGACGCUGGUGCCGGGAGAUGGAGAUGAAAUCUUCCCUGUUCACAGAGCUAUGAUGGCGUCUGCUAGUGAUUAUUUCAAGGCUAUGUUCACAGGUGGAAUGAAAGAGCAAGAUUUAAUGUGCAUUAAGCUUCAUGGGGUGAACAAGGUUGGUCUGAAGAAAAUAAUUGAUUUUAUUUAUACUGCAAAACUUUCUCUGAAUAUGGAUAAUCUUCAGGACACACUUGAAGCUGCCAGCUUUUUACAAAUCUUACCUGUUUUGGACUUCUGUAAAGUAUUUCUUAUUUCAGGAGUCUCUUUAGAUAACUGUGUUGAAGUUGGACGAAUUGCUAACACCUACAAUCUUAUAGAAGUGGAUAAAUAUGUCAAUAAUUUUAUCCUGAAGAAUUUUCCUGCAUUAUUGAGUACUGGGGAGUUUCUGAAACUCCCUUUUGAACGUCUUGCCUUCGUGCUUUCAAGUAAUAGUCUUAAGCACUGUACUGAACUUGAGCUCUUCAAGGCUGCCUGUCGCUGGUUAAGGUUGGAAGACCCUCGGAUGGAUUAUGCUGCAAAAUUAAUGAAGAAUAUUCGAUUUCCACUGAUGACACCACAGGACCUCAUCAAUUAUGUGCAGACCGUAGAUUUCAUGAGAACAGACAAUACCUGUGUGAAUUUGCUUUUGGAAGCUAGCAAUUACCAAAUGAUGCCAUAUAUGCAGCCAGUGAUGCAGUCAGAUCGAACUGCCAUUCGAUCAGAUUCUACACACUUGGUUACAUUAGGAGGGGUUUUGAGGCAGCAGCUGGUUGUCAGUAAAGAAUUACGAAUGUAUGAUGAAAGGGCGCAAGAGUGGAGAUCUUUAGCCCCCAUGGAUGCUCCCCGUUACCAGCAUGGCAUUGCUGUCAUUGGGAACUUUCUUUACGUAGUUGGUGGUCAAAGUAAUUAUGAUACAAAAGGAAAAACUGCCGUUGAUACGGUUUUCAGAUUUGAUCCACGAUACAAUAAAUGGAUGCAGGUUGCAUCAUUAAAUGAAAAGCGCACAUUCUUCCACUUGAGUGCCCUCAAAGGACAUUUGUAUGCUGUUGGUGGGCGAAGUGCAGCUGGUGAACUGGCCACAGUAGAAUGUUACAACCCAAGAAUGAAUGAGUGGAGCUAUGUUGCAAAAAUGAGUGAACCCCACUAUGGCCAUGCUGGAACAGUGUAUGGAGGCUUAAUGUAUAUUUCAGGAGGAAUUACUCAUGACACUUUCCAAAACGAGCUCAUGUGUUUUGACCCAGAUACAGACAAAUGGACACAGAAGGCUCCAAUGACUACAGUCAGAGGUCUGCAUUGCAUGUGUACAGUUGGAGAUAAACUCUAUGUCAUUGGUGGCAAUCACUUCAGAGGAACAAGUGAUUAUGAUGAUGUUCUAAGCUGUGAAUACUACUCACCAACCCUUGACCAGUGGACACCGAUUGCUGCAAUGUUAAGAGGUCAAAGUGAUGUUGGAGUUGCUGUCUUUGAAAAUAAAAUCUAUGUUGUAGGUGGAUAUUCAUGGAAUAAUCGUUGUAUGGUGGAAAUUGUCCAGAAAUACGACCCAGAAAAGGAUGAGUGGCAUAAAGUUUUUGACCUUCCAGAGUCACUUGGUGGCAUUCGAGCUUGCACUCUGACAGUUUUUCCACCUGAAGAAAACCCUGGAUCGCCUUCUAGAGAAUCACCUCUUUCAGCACCUUCAGAUCAUUCUUAAGACAACGAUGGUAAUACCUUUGCAGUGCAUCCUGGAUAAUCUCAUACUUUCCCUUCAAUUGUUACCUUAUGAUAAUUGGUACAGUUACCAAAUAAAAAGGUAACUGAUGUUGUUUGUGCUGUUUGACUUAAUAAUGUUUAUCAAAUUGUUAACCAGUAUGUUCUGAAAAUGUAUUCAGCCAGGGCCAGUUGUUUUAACAAAUGUAAAAGAUGUAGAAAAGUGUUUAAGUUAGGUCUCUUUUUCUGUGGUGGUGUAUAAGUCAAAUUGUAGGUGAUUGUAGUAAAUGUAUAAUUAUGUUUAUUAUAUUUCAAAGCUGAAAGUUUUCAUCUUUGAGUACAAAACAUCAAAGGGAGGCUUCCAGCACUAACCUAAAAUAUUAAAGAAAAGGCCACCAAUUAUUAGCUACCUCCCUCUUUUCCUAGUUUUUGACAUAGCUGCCAACUCACCAGAUUGGGUGGGUGCAUUUGAGUAUGUGAAGUUUCUUAGGCAGACAGAAGAAAUAAUAAAUUCAAAAUAUUAACUCAAAAAACCAGUGUAGCCCUAAGUCAUGGUUUCAUAUCUCUGGAGAGAGGGAGAAAGUACAAACACAUAUACAUACAUAGACAUAUAAUCUUUAAAUUGAUUGGUACUUUAGCUAUAGUGAAAUUGUGUUUAUUUUUCUUCACCUAGCAGCUAUUUAUGUUUGAAUGUGAAUUCAGUACCAGAGAAUAAAUAUGUAGUUACACCAAAUUGAGAUAGACAUUAAAUUGACAAAGGAAUUUGUUGUUUGACUAAAUUGUUACUUCAGAUGAAACUUACAUUAUUUUUUCUGCUUGUAUGUUCUUUUUUGAGUUGCUUUUAUACAGGUUAUUUAGCAAAGUUUAGGUUUCAGAGAUUUGUUUUGCUCAGAAAUUUAGGCUCUGCUAUUUUCUACCUUUUUGUUGACUAAAACAGACAAAACAAAGAAUUAUGCUGAACAAAGCUGUAAGAUUUUUAGUUCAGUGUCCCAACUUAAGUCAUUCAGCAUUAUUUAAUUGGGGUGGUUGCUCUGAUGCUGCUCCAGCCCAUAUGCAUCCUGAGCUUUCUGUGAUCUGCCUCAAGGCAAUGAUGUGAGCAAGCAGGAAAUAUACUCUCUUCUGCAUCAAAUCAGAGAAAUGUCCUUUUGGCUAUGUCUAAAGAACAGGACCAACUUCAGAUUCCCUAGGAAGCCAGCCAAGAGAAGUCCAGGACUCUGCUCUCUUGCAGGCAGUACUACAGUAAAUCUUCAGCCUCUUCAAUAACAAGGGCAUCCCUACUGACUGGGAAUCACAUGUGGAUGUCUUAAUGGGACCUGAUCAGCAAAUGGAAUCAUAGGAGUCCUUUGUAAAGAGUUAUUCUGAAGAAGUACUUUCCUGGAAUAAGUAGCUGAAGAAAAAAUGAACAUACACGCAUUACAAUUAAUAUAUAUACAUAUAUGUAUAUCCCUAUAUUUGGGAGAUUGUAAUAGUGUAAAUCAGGAACAACUUUCUCUUUAUUGACAAUCAAUCCCAUAAUAAAACUCAGGAACCAAGACAAAAGAAAUUGGCUUCCAGGAAUCUGAACCUUACUGCCCAUACAAGUGUUGAUCCAUUUUAAUGCUUUUUAUGAUUUCUGCAUUGGCAGAAAUUUUCAUACUUUAUAUGUUUUUUCAAUGACUCAAUUUUUUUAUUACUAAAAAUAGCACAUUAAGAAAAUACAAAAAGUAGAAAUGGCUGUUAACUUUGUGCAUUGAAUUAAAAAUAACAUCCCAAUCAUUUAUUUGAUUAUUAAUGAGGUUAAAUAUUUUGUUUUUUUUGGUAGUUUUGUUUCCUCUUUGAUCAAAUGUUCAUGUCCUUUAACCUUGUAAUACCUAUUGGAGUUGCUUUGUUUUUCAUACCAAGUUAAUAGGAUCUGUUUAUAUAAUAAAUGUGAUUUAAGUGGCA